GAAAGUGUUUACCUCGUCUGCGAGACACGGUAGACACGCGCAGAGGCGAGGGAAGGAAGGGAGGAAAAGGCGGUGAGAAGGAGGGAAAACAGACAGCGGUGAACAAUCGGUGGGUGUAUCUUAGCUAGAGGAACAGAAGGAGCGCAGGUCGGAUAAAAGGAUAAACGCUGCUCUUUUAUUUUUUUAUAUAUUUUUUACAUUUUAAAGAUGGGGGAGUGAAAGAGCGUGUGCGCCCGUCGUGUCAUAACGCAUCCACCGACUUGCCCAAGACAAGCGCGCCACCGUCCGUUCAUGGCGUAAAAACAGGGGGUAAGUCUACAUAAAUAUAACUGAAAUAAUUAAAUAAUUCGCUGUGGCGAGAAGAGCGUCAUCCGCAGUGUGUCUCUCUCUCCUUGCACCACCUAAGUGCAGCUGAGACAGAAGAGAGACGAGGAUACAGCAGGGAGGGGAGAGAGAGAAACCGCUUCCCUUACCGAAUCAAGGAGAGAGGAGACGCGAAUUGCAGACAGAAAAUAACGGGAAUAUACCUAACGUAUCUGUGACCAACCGGCACUGCGAAGGUUUUGGAGGUGUUUUUAACGGUGAGCAAGGGAUUCGGUGUUGCAGCGGCCUACCUGAAGAACCGCACAUGUCGGCACGUUCGAGCACCCCAUCUCCAUCCCCGCCCUGCGCGGAGCCCUGUUCGGUCUGAAACGGCAGGGCCAGGCGGGUUACCGAAUAUCGGAACCGUUCACGGAACCGGGGAACAGUGAUGCGUUAUCGAAGCGGAAUCAGAUCGACGAUUUUAUGAUAUGAGUCUGGUAUGACCUAAUCAAUUAAUGAUUUAUUAUUCAUUGAUGUGGACGGACCAAUCAAACGACUGAUUUUAUGGAUUCAUGUUGUUGACGUUUUCUUGAAUGGAAUAAUUCCAAUAACCGGUGCUCUGGUAGUUCUGCUUUAUCGGUGUGAUGUGCUUUAUGUAAGGAUCCAUAGGCUAUAGGCUAGGCUAUAUCCAUGACAGAAAUAUAUAAAUAAAUACCAAAUUUAGGCCGAUGACAGGCUGAUGACGCCAAUACGGCAAAGCAACCCUCACAGUUGUAACCUAAAUAAUCCACGUGCUUCUUCCUGUCCGUCAGUAGAUACAUGGAUCAUUUCCGUUAGAUCAAUGCGCUUGUCUUUGUGUAAAAAUAUGUUUCGUUAUUUCAAAAACGACUGGAGCAACGUUUUUUUCCUCCCUCGGCUAUAUUGAGACGGUAUAGGCAGCAGGCAGGCAGUCACAAGGUGCGAAACGAAUUGAACUUCAAGCAACAGCAGAACACACACACACACACACACCCACACACACACACACACACACACACACAGCCUAUUUAUUUUACCCUCCUGUCCUCUAAUCUUCCAUCCAUCCAUCUCUGGACUGCAGCACUCCGUCUCUAUCCCUCCCUCCUUCCUCCCUCCUUCAUCUAAUUCCUCACUAUGUUUUAUUCCCAGAUUAUCCAUUUUGAUUUAAGAAAAUAAUUACGUAUUGGCUCUAUAAGAGGUUUUAAAAAACAGUUUUUCGCCUCCAUCCUGUACACCUCUCCUUCAUUAUCAUAUCAUCGGUGCAUCUGGUCACACACACACACACACAUUUGACACACACACCGGGCCGCUCGCUAACACGGCACGGCAACGAUGGAGACGACUAAACUGCCCCCGACCAGCCCUUCCUCCCCGACCACCGGGUUCUCGGUCCCAUCAGCGGAGAAGGUGGAUGGGUUUCCCCGGCGGUCGAUGCGCAGAGCCCGGCAGAGGCGCUCCCACUCCUCGUCCCAGUUCCGCUACCAGAGCUCCCAGGUCGAGCUGACGCCGCUGCCGCUACUCAAAGAUGCCCCAGUGGCAGAGCUCCAUAACCUGUUCUGUAAGAAGCUGCAGCAGUGCUGUGUCCUCUUUGACUUCCUGGACUGUGUGGCCGACCUCAAGGGGAAGGAGAUCAAACGAGCUGCGCUCAACGAGCUGGUGGAGUCUGUUGCAACCAGCAGAGGAGUUCUGAUAGAGCCACUCUACCCAGAGGCUAUUAAGAUGAUCUCAGUGAAUAUCUUCAGGACGUUACCUCCCAGUGAGAACCCAGAGUUUGACCCGGAGGAGGAUGAACCCACUCUAGAGGCCUCCUGGCCACACCUACAGCUGGUGUACGAGUUCUUUCUGCGUUUCCUGGAGAGCCCAGACUUUCAGCCCUCCAUGGCCAAACGCUACGUCGACCAGAAGUUUGUUCUACAGCUGUUGGAGUUGUUUGACAGUGAGGAUCCCAGGGAGAGAGAAUACCUGAAGACCAUCCUGCAUCGUGUCUACGGCAAACUGCUGGGUCUGCGGGCGUACAUACGUAAACAGAUCAACAACAUCUUCCUCAGGUUCAUCUAUGAGACUGAGCACUUCAACGGAGUAGCAGAGCUACUGGAGAUUCUGGGCAGCAUUAUAAACGGGUUUGCGCUACCCCUGAAGUCGGAACACAAGCAGUUCCUGGUUCGAGUCCUGAUUCCUCUACACACAGCCAAGUCCCUGUCCAUCUUCCAUGCACAGCUGGCAUACUGUGUGGUCCAGUUCAUGGAGAAAGAUGCCACGGUCACAGAAUACAUCAUACGAGGGCUGCUCAAGUACUGGCCCAAAACCUGCACCCAGAAAGAGGUGAUGUUCCUAGGGGAGAUAGAAGAGAUACUGGAUGUGAUUGAGCCGUCUCAGUUUAUCCGUGUUCAGGAGCCUCUCUUCAAACAGAUCACUGCCUGCAUCUCAAGUCCACACUUCCAGGUAGCAGAGAGGGCUCUGUACUUCUGGAACAAUGAGUACAUCCUGUCUUUGAUAGAGGAGAACAGUCAGGUGAUUCUACCGCUGGUCUUCACUACACUCUACAGAGUCUCCAAGGAGCACUGGAACCAGACAAUAGUCUCUCUGAUCUACAACGUUCUGAAGACCUUUAUGGAGAUGAACAGCAAACUGUUUGAUGACCUCACUGCCUCUUACAAAGUGGACAAACAGAAGGAGUUGAAGAGGGAGCGUGAGCGUGCAGAGCUGUGGCGGGGGUUGGAGGAGCAGAAGGAGAGGAGGCUUCAGACCCUGGGGGAGACCAGUCGUAAUCAGAAGAACCUCCAGGAGAGAGGGGAGCCUCCUCAGCCCUCCUCCCCACAGACGGCACUCCCUAAGCAGCCAGACCUCAAGCCCAGUGGACCCUCCUCCACCACCUAGAGCCAGACAGAGAAUCAGUACCAGAGCCACAGAGUACAGAACAUACUGAUACAGUUAGCACACACACACACACACACACACACACACACACACACACACACAAACUUACACAUAGCCAUACACAGGCAUAACAUAUACUGUAUACACACACUCAUGCAAAGUGUACACAAACACAAAAUAUGAAUUGACUCACACACACACACAAACACACACUAAUUACAUACACAGACUGAACACACAGACUGAACACACAG